AUGGCAACUAUUGUGUUCAGUUUUUUCUUUUGCGGCGCUGUUACCCUUGCGAACUCUUUGUUCCCACCUCGGCCACAAGGACUUAGGACUCUUUCUUCGUCCCAUGUUGAUGGUGCAUCCAUAUCAUAUAAGAAAACACCGAUCUGCUCAACUCCGGACCUCGAUACCUACAGCGGCUAUGUUCAUCUUCCACCUUGUGCAGACGAUGCCCAUCCCCACCGAAGCAACUUGUUCUUCUACUACGCCAAGUCCACCAGAAACGGGACAGCUCCACUGACGAUCUACCUCGGUGGUGGUCCUGGAGCAAGCUCCAUGUCCUCCAUGGUCACUGAAAUAGGACCAUGCUCCGUGAACUCGAAUUCGAAUAGUACAUCGCCGAAUCCCUGGUCGUGGACACGCGAGUCCGACAUGCUCUUCAUCGAUCAGCCGGUUCAAACUGGAUUCUCAUAUGAUGUGCUUACGAAUGUCACAAUUGACUAUUCAACAAGCACUAUCACUCCAAUGGACCUAAAUCAGGGACUCCCGGUGGCGAACCAUACGUUCGGUGUCGGGGUGUUCGGGUCCCAGAAUGUCAACGAAACGGUUAAUUCGACAACGAAUGGUGCGAGGGCGCUGUGGGACUUUAUGGAGGUCUGGAUUAACGAAUUUCCCGAAUAUGAAUCGCCGGACAAGAAAAUACACAUUUGGACAGAAUCCUUCGGUGGACGAUACGGACCAUCCUACGCCGCAUAUAUCCUAGACCAGAAUGAGAAAAUCCGCAACAACCAAGUACCCAACACCUCAUCUCCUUCUCUGAUCAACAUCGACACACUUAGCAUCCACAACGGCUGCAGCGACAUCAUCACGCAAGGUGCCUUUUACCCCGAAUACGCAUAUAACAAUACCUACGGCAUACAGGCCAUCACUGAGACACAGUACGAAGAAGCUAAACAUAAUUUGACUAAGCCCGGCGGCUGUAUGGAUAUGGCUGUGAAAUGUCAGGCACUCGCGCAGAAGCUGGACCCGCAUAACUUCGGCAAUAAUGCGGAAGUCAAUGCUGUGUGUUCCGCUGCUGAUGAAUACUGCUAUGAAAACGUGUUAGGAGUUUAUGCCUUGUCCGGGCGCGAUGUUCAUGACCUGGCUGAGGUUCCUACUUCGACUAUGCCGCAGCCCUACUCGGAUGGCUUUUUUAAUCGAGCAUGGGUGCAGGACGCUUUGGGCGUUUCGGUGAACUUCACUGCGAAUUCCAAUGCUGUUUAUAAUGCAUUCUGGAGUACCGGAAAUGCGCUCAUCACCCGUGGAAAAGCAAUGGACGACUUUGCAUCGAUCAUGGAACGGGGUGUUAGAGUUAAUCUUAUCUAUGGCGAUCGGGACUAUCUCUGCAAUUGGAUGGGUGGCGAGAACGUCAGCUUAUCCAUCAAGCACGACCAGUCUGCGGCAUUCAGCUCCAGCGGGUAUACUGAUCUCAUUACGAAUCAAACGUACGUGGGCGGUGUUGUUCGACAACAUGGGAAUCUUUCAUUUACAAGGGUAUUUAAUGCAGGGCAUGCCGCCCCUGCCUUCCAACCUGAGACUAUGUUCCGCGUGUUCUCGCGGAUCAUGAACACAAAGGAUAUUGCAACAGGAAACGUUACUUUAACGGAGAAACGCAGGGAGACCUACAGGACCCAAGGCCCACAUUCUAGUUUUGACAGAAAGAACAAGCUCCCCCCUCCAGCAGCCCCGGUGUGCUACACCCUGGACAUGCCUACGACAUGUACAGACAAUCAAAAGGCGGCACUACUAAAUGGCACGGCCAUUGUGGAGGACUUUCUGGUCAAGUGGCCUAUCUCCUAG